AUCCUAUUUACUCUUUGCUGUCUUGAAUAUUCGUCCCUUCUUCACUCACCGUAACAGAUUCCCAAAAUCGGCAAUUCUCUCUCUAUCUAGAACUGAAUUCUUUUGAUUUAGGGCUUCGAUCGAUGGCGAAUAACGGAUCUUCCGGAGGCGCUACGUGGGCUGAUCAGUGGGACUACAACCCGGACCCGGUCUCUGUGCCCGAUAACAACAAGAAGAACACGAGUAAUUACAAGCAGAAGGUCGGAGAAGGCCUAGGAAAGACCAAAGCAGUGGCGUCGACUGGCGUGAAGAAGGUCAAGGAAGGGACCGCCGUCGGAUUUCAGUGGAUCAAAGACAAGUAUCACAAAACUACUCAGAAAAAAAACUGAUUGUUUUAUACAUAAUCAUGCCGAUUACUCUGUUCGAUCGUUCUUUUUUCCUUAUUUGAUUAUGAUCGUAUAUGUUUUGUUCACUUUUUUGGUUUGUUUGUUUAUACUUGCAAGUAUAGAUUGUUGACUGACUGGAAUUUGUAGGAUUUGAUGGAUUUUUGUUAAUUCACCUGGAUUUGUUCUCUUUCUUUGCUCAAAUAUUCUUGAUUUGGUU